CUGGCGCCGAGAGUGGAAGUGAUUUUUUUCGACUCCAGUUGUAGGCAGAUCGUUUUAACAUUCGUCGAGUUUGGAAAAUAUCCGCUUGGGUGGACAGCAGAAGAAAAGCACCUUGUUGUGGUGGUCAUUCACGGAGUCGCCUUAUACUUGGUUCGAAAUCGAGACUACAUAGCUAGCCGAAACAAGCCGACGCUGUGCGGCACCGGUGGAGGUCGUUGUGUAAUACCGAGUUGGUGAAAUAUAACAUCGCGGGUGAUGAAUAAAUUAAGUUUGUUUUUUUUGUGGAUUAUAAGUAGCACUACUAACUAGCACAGUUCAAAACUCGAUACAGUACUUUUGAUAUGCGAAACUUUGUGUGAAUCAGAAAUGAAAGCAUAAGCUUCUAGACGCAUUUGAAGCGUUGAAAAAUAUUAAUCCUUCGACGACAAAAAAAUCAGUGUCAUAACUGUUCCACCUUCUAAAAACCCUACACCUGUUCCCGUGUCAGCCAAAACAAUAAUCCAGAAAGUGUAGGAGGAAGCAAAACAAACCGACAGCUCCAGAAACUAUGGUAAAAAAGUGACUGUGGUGACGACGAGACCAUCAACAAAGUCGUUCAAAUACCCAUUUUGAACGCGCACGCGACACAGUGACGAACGCAAGCGCGAAAAAACGGUAAUACAGAUUGAAGAAAAUUACACCCUAACUGAACGGCUGGGGGCUGUGAGUCACCCGAAAGAAAAGUGUAGGUACGGCGUGAUUUAGAACGAGAACGACGGAGAAAGCACACCGCCGAUGACAAUACAUACAGAUUGAGACGGAUUCGUUACGGUGUGAAGGAAUUGUAGGUUGCUGGCUCGUCACAUUCUGAGGUUGGUUGGUGUUGCUGCGAAAAACUGACUGACACGCGGAUGCCUUUGAUGAAUGGAUAACGCAAAGUGAUCUUUUGGUGCUUUUGUGAAGCGGAAAAUAGCGAAAUUCUUAUAGGGUGUUGAACAAUCCGGAGCCGAAAGCUCGAAAGAAGAACGGAAAACUGUGUUGCUGAAAAACGGUUUUCAUUUAGAAUGAAGCUGAAAGGAAGGUUACGUCACGUCGGGUGGUGUGCUUUCAUCAUAGUGGCGGCACAGUCAAUCAUCUUGGCACGCUCAACUGACACUUCAAGUGCGACUACAGCAGCUUCAGUUGGAUUUCAAACUUUAGAUAACAGCUCUCAGCAGAGUCUGUACAGUACGCAUGGUCUCACAUCAGCAGCAUCGGCUGAUGCACUUACUACGGCCAGUCGAGGAUCCAUUUCGUCUACGGUGGCUCCAAAGAUCCAGCGAAAACGUGGCAGUUCAGGAAAGAAAAGUUCCAUCGUCAGCCAAAUCCACGAUAAUGUGAACAAUUCGCGCGAAUCUUUAACCCACGAGGGCAGUGAACCGGUCGUCUACGUGUCGGAUACAGCCGGGUAUAUACCACUGACGUCGAUACAGGCAGGCCACUCACGGCUGCCCCCGGUCUAUGGAAAUGACAAUGAUCCUGCCUGGCGACCAGACCCAUGGGACAGAGACUACAAUCGGCGCCAUCGGUUCAACAACACACGAGUGCAGCAUAUUGAAGCAGAGUGCCAAGAUGACUACAUGAAGAUUCGUAUCGGUUUCAAUGGAUCUUUCAGUGGGCUUCUGUAUUCGUCAGGUUACGCUUACGAUCCCGAUUGCAUGUACAUCAAUGGAUCCGGUCGGGACUAUUACGAGUUUCUUAUCCAGCUGAACAGAUGCGGAACGCUAGGGAAGAAUGCCAACGGGGACGACAGCCGGAAGAAUCCAACGAAAAAUUUCAUGUGGAACACGGUCACAGUGCAGUACAAUCCACUGAUCGAGGAGGAAUUUGAUGAACACUUCAAGGUGACCUGCGAGUACGGGUAUGACUUUUGGAAAACGGUAACAUUUCCGUUUCUCGACGUUGAAGUUGCCACCGGAAAUCCCGUAGUAUUUACGUUGAGUCCUCCCGAGUGCUACAUGGAAAUACGCAACGGAUACGGAACGACUGGAACGCGAGUUACCGGUCCGGUUCGUGUUGGUGAUCCUUUGACACUGAUCAUUUACAUGAGAAGCAAGUACGACGGGUUUGAUCUGGUUGUAAAUGACUGUUUUGCGCAUAAUGGGGCAAACAAAAAAAUUCAGCUUAUAGAUGAGUACGGGUGUCCUGUGGAUGACAAACUGAUCUCCCGCUUCCGAGGCAGCUGGACUGACGGAAGUCUGUACGAAACGCAAGUCUAUGCUUAUAUGAAAACAUUCCGCUUCACUGGAUCACCUGCGUUGUAUAUCGAGUGUGAUGUUCGGAUGUGUCACGGACGGUGUCCCAGCCAACCCUGCCAUUGGAGAAAUCUAAAGGGUAUCAGUAAGCGAGAGGUGCAACAGGAGAGCAACUCUACGCUGUCGGAAAAUAUCAGCCUGUUUCAAUCGCUUCGGGUCCUCCAGGAGGAGGACGUUGAUCAGAGAGAGAAGAAGGAAGCUGCAACCGUUGCUAAACCCCAAGAUAUCACGGAGACCUGCAUGAAAACUUCUCUACUGUCUGCCAUGCUAGCGACGUGCUGUGUAGUGUUAUGUGUACUUUCGGGAUCCCUGCUGGCAGCUUGUGCUAAGCUCAGGUAUCGCAAGAUGGAUGAGGGUUUCUACGAUGCUUAUAUAGGACACAAAGCUCAGCUGGACUAGGGUGAUUACACGAAGAGGAAGCCCAUUAUUUCGAUUUCAUAUCAAUGUCAUUAGUGGUAACUCAAAUCUGAUAAUGAAAGUAGCUACUACGAGAAAGAGUCUUGCAGCGUUAGUCGAUUUAUUGAAACAUUAGCAAUUUUCUCGUGUUCAGAAACGAGCUCUGGCUAUAGAAUCAUUCCAAUCGCGCAAUGGAGAUGGGGUUGGAUUAAGAAAAUGGCUGAAUGCAAUGUUACUAUUUGAAGUAAUUUAGCAACUUUGGGAUUCUAUUACGAACACCUGUUUUGAUUACUCUUUUCUGUAUAAUGCGCAUUUUUGAGUUAAAUAUUUGGGAAAUGAUUUCCUCAUUCCAAAUAAAUAUGAUUAAAGGGAAAAGUUGUAAAGUUAUGAAGAUAUUCCAUCUUGAGCUUCGUAAAUAAUCUGCCGAUCAUCCUCUACCCUACUCUGUCCCUUUGACUAUCCCAGAGACCCUUGAUGUUUCUGCUUUACUUCAAUGACGUGUAUUUGUGCUGAAGUCUCCUCGCUGGUCUUCAUAGACGAUUUGAAAAUAUUUCAUGUCAUCAGCUGAAUUGUAGAUUGCUAAUUGCUCCAACAACAGCUUGAAAUCUUUGCUGGUUGUGGUGUAGCAAGAACCGCAAUCGAAUUCUCACGAAAGACAGAGCUCUGCCUGACAGAAAUGCUUUAUGAUUGCCGAAAAUUUGGAGAGAAUUUUGCCAGGCGUUAAGCGAGCGCUAAUGGUUGAGGGGGUUUCACAGUCGACUGUCCUGAUGUUUUACUCGAAUGAUAUAGUCACCCUACGUAAAGUCAAAACAAAAAUCAAUUAAUGUCGGACUCUUUUCAAAUUGCGCUACAUAUUUCAAGUAUUAUACAGUUAAUAACUAAAUAAUACUGCCGAUAAGUGUAUUGUUAGUUCUAAAUCGAAAGAAUGCAUUAUCUAUAUUCAAUAAAAUGCUAAGUUAAGUACGGAAUAGGCAAAUAUAUUUUUAUAGGAUGAAUCCAAAGACUGCCAAAUGACGGAGGAUUUCUACGUAAGGCAGAGAAGCAAUUUUAUUUUGUUGGUGCGGUCUUGGGUAAACGAAUGGUCUGAAUGCGAAAAUUUUCAAAGAUUUUCCUAGUUAAGGUUAGAAUUAUAGCAUGUAAUUAUUAAUGACACCAGAAGCCAACUUUUCAUCUAUUGAAAUGGACAACGGUUUUUUCGUUGAGAUUGGCGUAUAAAUUAACAACCGAUCUUUUCAUUGAUUAACAAUAAUACAAAACGUGAAAACCGUUGGCCAUUGUUGAAAAUAAAACAUAGAUGAGCACCGAAUAUUACCAACAAUAAAUUUUAAAAAAAAAAAAUGUAAUGUCCAGAGCUCGAGGUCAAAAAUAAACUUUCGAUAAAACAUGUACUUUAACACAGUUUCAAUUUAUUAAAAAUCAACAAAUUGCAACCGAGAUUGUCGCGUUAUAAAGUACUAGAUCAUCUGUGAUUGAAGUUUCUGUAUUAAAAAGGCACUUCCUGCUCUGAUAUGUUUCACCAAAGUACUUCCAAGUUAGUCUAAACUAUUGGAGCAGGAAUUGUUUGUAACAUUUCAUAUAGUUGUAAAGUACCAGUGAUCAUAAGUUAAACAUAUGUAAAUAUUCAGUUUUAAGCAUAAUCAUGGCAUUCAUUGGGUUCUAUACAGUAGAAACUGCAGAGCAUUGGAAGGUAUUAAGAUAUACUCCAUGUAACAUCAGUUACUUAUCGCUCUUUGAUUAAUUAUAACAUUCCUUCAACGAUAAUUCAUUUAUAACAAUACAU